AACUCAUCUUCAAAUUCCCAAAAAAAAAAAAACUAAAGAGUAUUAGUUACGAGAAAAAAAUGGUGAACAUGAAGAGUGUUGCAUUGAUAGUUAUAGUUAUGAUGGCGUUUAUGAUGGUGGAUCCAUCAAUGGGAGUGGGAGAAUGUGUGAGAGGACGUUGCCCAAGUGGGAUGUGCUGCAGUCAGUUUGGGUACUGUGGUAAAGGCCCAAAGUACUGUGGCCAUGCGAGUACUACUGUGGAUCAGCAAGCUGAUGCUACUACGACCAAAACUGCCAAGAAUCCUACCGAUGCUAAAGUUGCUGGUGUUGGUAGUCCAUGAAAGUAGUAGAUAGGUUCACGUACUCAUAAGCAAAAUGUGCUUUGCUUUAGUACUGUUUUCUUAGAUGUCUGAAAUAAGCUCCUAUAUAACUACUAGCAUCUUGAUGUAAUGGAGUAUUUUCAUUUUGUUUUAUUUGAGUUAUGAUCGUGACUUCCUUGUGUUGGUUAACUUGUAAGUUGUAAUGCAUGUUAAAUGCUGUCUCAAAUAAAUUAUCUAUUAACUUUUAUUGAAAUAAAAUGCAGUU